AGUUCCACAUAUGUAGUGUAUGGUGAAUGCUUGGCGUAGGUGCGCGCCACCCUCCACUAGAGUAACAGAGAGGAGGAGGGGAGGAAGGAGGAGGUGGGGCACGAAACGCCGAAUGUGAGCCGGAGACGCUCGUGCGCUUCAGUCGCGAUGGAGAGCCCGGGCGCUGCGCUCGUGGAGAUGCCCGCGGAGGGUCCCGCGCCCUUCUGGGACUCUCCGCUCAGCCACGGCAUCAGCGUGUUCGUGGCCUUAACGCUGGGCUUCACCAUGCUGGGGCUGGGCUGCACGGCGGAGGUGCGCGAGCUGCGUGAGCACGCGCGGCGGCCGGUGGGCGUGCUGCUGGCCGCGCUGUGCCAGUUCGUGCUCAUGCCGCUGCUGGCCUUCGUGCUCGCGCUCGCCUUCUCUCUGGACGACGGAGCGGCGGUGGCGGUGCUGCUGUGCGGCUGCUGCCCCGGGGGCAACCUGUCCAACAUCAUGACCCUGCUGGUCAACGGGGAGAUGAACCUCAGUGUGAUCAUGACCAUCUCCUCCACGCUGCUCGCGCUGGUCUUCACGCCGCUCUGUCUGUGGAUCUACAGCCGCGCGUGGAUCAGCGCGCCCGCCGUACAGCUGCUGCCUCUGGGCGCCAUCACGCUCACUGUCUGCAGCACGCUCGUGCCCAUCGGCCUCGGGCUCGCAAUCCGGUACCGAUACCCGCGCGCCGCCGACAAAGUGCUGAAGGUAUCGCUGUGGCUGCUGUUCGUCACACUGAUUAUGCUCUUCAUCAUGACCGGCGUCAUGCUGGGCCCUGAACUGCUGGCCACCAUCCCCCCCUCAGUCUACGUGGUGGCUGUGCUGAUGCCUUUGACUGGCUAUGCGGCCGGUUACGGCCUGGCCAUGCUCUUUGACCUGCCACCCAACAGCUGCCGCACUGUCUCUCUAGAGACGGGCUGCCAGAAUGUGCAGCUGUGCACUGCCAUCCUGAAGCUGGCCUUUCCACCUGAGCUGAUGGGUGGCAUGUACAUGUUCCCACUGCUCUACGCACUGUUUCAGUCGGCCGAGGCCGGCGUGUUCAUCCUGGGCUACAGAGUAUACCGUAGAGAAGUGCUGCGCAAGCAGGACCUGGAGCAGGACGGUGACGAUGACACCAACAUCACCUACAAGACACUCAAGGAGGAGGAUGGGCCUUUUGAUGCGGCCUAUGGCUCGGUGACCGUAAGCGACCCCAAUACAAUCGUGCUGGAGUCUCGGGGAGGGGAGUCACUGGGGAGCCCCACACCUGUAUAGGAGGCUACAGUAUGUUCACAUUAAACAUCCAAAAAGCUGAUGAUGUCAUGACUUAUGUCAGUCCAUGUAAUCAACCAUCCACCAUUGCCUCAAAUAUACCCACUGCCUCAUGCUGAUAUACAAUGACUUUGUAUUGAUUCUGUGUAAACGCUCAUGAUAAACUGGUCCAAGGAAUAGUUGAAAUGCAAAUGCAGCAUCUGUUUACAGGGAUUUUCUGCAGAAAUUGUGUAGUCAAUGGUCAAAUUGGGUUUGUGAUGGUUAACAAAAGAGAAUACAUUCCACAGCUUUGUCAUUUUACUGCAUGAAAACAGCAGCAAUGGUGCUGAAAUGUGAUAACCCAUGUAACGAUGCAUGGAGUGUGGUGCUGUUUUGUGUUUUGGAUCUAAGCCUCUGUACUUUAAAAAAGCCUGAAUGCAGGACUAAUCCACCAUGCUCCACGCCUUGGAAAAGGGUGGGGAAACUCCAUGCCUAUGCAGGAUGCAGUCUGACCGCAGACAGACACUGGACCCCACAGACAUUCUACAUCUGCCCAUGUCAUUGCUGGCUGCUGAAGCAUUAUAACUGAAAUCAUGCAGUGGGUAAAAAUUUAUUACCACAUGGUUGGUGAGCUUGGACAUACUUUUGGACAUUACAGCUGUAAUAUCACCUGUGCUGAAUGUAGAACACUGGUAUCAGAAGAAACUGAAGUACAGUGUCUUGCAAAUGUUUCCAACCCUGUCUGUAGUCUUCAGGUUUUUCUGAAUAACACAUGACAGCAGGUUCCAGCUUGUAUAUUUAUUGCGAACCUAAAGGAAUAAGUUUUAAAUGUAAGAUGAAUCUGAUGACUUUAAUUACAUUUGCAAGGCACUGUGUAAGUAAUGGAAAUGGAUUAAGUGCUUGUCUUGGGCUACACUGAAAACAAUUAUUCUGCACUAUUCUGCACUCAGCCUGUGGGCUGAGUCUCAAUUACAGUCUAUAAAAUCUGCACCAAUAAAUCUUUCUUCCAGUUUCUCACACAAGGGGCCACAGUAAAAUAUUUCAGGUUGUAUUUCCUCUAUAUAUAAUUUUCAGUUACAUCAAUUCAUUAUUAUCAGAUUCUGAUGCCUGGUAAAUUUUUUUUUAGAAAUGUUGUUUUUUUUACGUCAGGUAGGGUGGGGAUUUGGGGGGGUAACAAUAAUACUUAUUACCCACAAUGGGGGCCUCCAUCUCCAAAACGGUGACUUUACAGGAGAAGGCCAUUUUGAGUUUUUUCCAUGUAAUUUUUCUAUUGGUCUAUUUAUUUACAGUUAUUUACACAGUGUACAGAGCAGCUAGAUGUGCACACAAUAGAGAUAACUAAAACAGACAAAAUAGAGAUACAUGAUUUUCAUUGGACAGCAGAUCAGCAUUAUACAUUCGAUUCUUGUUCUUCAGACAUUCUGAAAAAUAUAUCUGCUACCUGGUCGAGACAAGUGUAUUAAUUUUUAGUCUUUGCACAGUUCUACUAUUGCAGAUCUGUUCGAAUUUGUAAGUUGAUAUUAUGCAAAUCAAAAAUGCUGAUUUAAUAGACAUACAGAGAGCCGUUUAAAGCAAAUUACAUAAAAAUGUGUUUUUAAAGUGAGUGUGCCAAGUAACUACUGUGAAAAAAGGUCAGCUUUAAAAAGCCUAAACACUGAGAUCAAUAAAAUCAGUCACAGAACAAGACUUGCUUCUCCAUCAAUCAUUUAAAUGUAAAAUUGUUGAGAAAAAGUAUAUAAAAUCAGAUGCCACUGUUAUGAAUAAACUUACAGUGUAAGUGUU